AUGGCCCAAGAUCCCAUUGCCAUCAUUGGCUUGGCGUGCCGCCUCCCCGGCGGGAACUCUUCCCCGGGAAGGCUCUGGGACUUCCUGGAAGAAGGCAAGGUCGCCUCCAACGAGGUGCCGGCCUCACGCUUCAACUUCUCGGGCCACUGGGACGGUUCCCUCAAGCCGGGUACGAUGCGCUCCAAGGGUGGCAUGUUCCUCUCGGAACAGGACGUGGACCUCGCCGACUUCGACGCGUCCUUCUUCGAGAUGGCGGCCACUGAAGCCCUUGCGACGGACCCCAACCAGCGCCAACUGCUUGAGAUCGUGUACGAAGGGCUGGAGAGUGCGGGGGUACCCAUGGAGGCCAUCAACGGCGCGCCCGUGGCGUGCUUUGUCGCCUCCUUCGCUGUCGACUACGGCGACAUCCAAAUGCGCGACCCGGAGGACCGGCCGGGAAACACGGACCUCGGCGUAGGUCGCGCCAUCCUCGCGAAUCGCAUCAGCUGGUUCUUCAACCUGAAGGGCCCCAGCGUCACCAUCGAUACGGCCUGCUCAGGCAGCCUAGUCGCUCUCGAUAUGGCCUGCCGUACCCUGCGGUCGCGCGAGGCGGAUGCGGCGAUCGUCGCCGCCAGCAACCUGUACAUGAGCCCCGAGCACGUCAUCGACGACGCGCUUGUCGGGCAGGCGCACUCCCCGACGGCACUGUGCCACAGUUUCGACGCUGCAGCCGACGGUUAUGUCAAGGCCGAGGCCGUGAGUUGCCUGAUUGUGAAGCGACUGGAGACGGCGCUGCGAGACCGAGAUCCUAUCCGGGCUGUCAUACGCGGCAUCGCCAUCAACAGCAACGGCCGGACAAACGGCAUCGGAAGCCCGAGCUCCGAAGCUCAAGCAGCCGUUAUCCGCAAGGCGUACGCCAACGCUGGAAUCGUCGAUCUCAACGAUACCCAGUAUCUCGAGUGCCACGGGACGGGAACCAAAGCCGGAGACGCAGCCGAGGUAGCCGGAAUCAAGGCCGCCUUCGCAGCAUCACGAGAUCCCGCCAAGCCGCUCAUCAUCGGAUCGAUCAAAUCCAACGUGGGCCACUCGGAACCGGCUGCGGGCUUGUCAGGCUUGAUCAAGACAAUCCUGUCGCUCGAGCAUGGCAUGAUCCCCGGAACGCCCAGCUUCAUCAACCCCAACCCAAACAUCGACUUUGCCGGGGCCAAGGUGAGGGUCUCUCGAACCAUGCUCCCUUGGCCAGCCACCGAUGGCAAGCCCAGACGCGCAAGCGUCAACUCGUUCGGCUACGGCGGCGCGAACGCGCACGCCGUCCUAGAAGGGUCGGACGCCCACACCCAAGGCCAGACGCACCACGUGGUCUCGAUCCGGCCCAUCGACGAAAUCUCGCAAUGGGCCCCGGACGGGCACAGCUUCAAUGUCACGGCGGACGGCGUCGGUGCCAGUACUAGGCCAUACACUCUCGUCCUCUCGGCCAACGAUGCCCCCUCCCUCCAGGCAAACAUUGCCGCCCUCUGCAGCCACCUCGUCAACCCACGCGUCCGCGUCCACCUCCGGGACGUGGUCUACACGCUCUCGCAACGCCGCUCGCAUCUGUGGCACCGUGCUUUUGUCAACGUCCGCAGCAGCAGCGGCAGCAACGAGCAGACCAUCAAGAUCCAAGCGGCCGAUUUCGUCACGGCCAAAAAGGCGCCCCGGCCCCCGCGCGUGGCUUUUGUGAUGACCGGGCAGGGCGCGCAGUGGUCGCAGAUGGGGCGCGAUCUUGUGCGCGCGUUCCCCUCCACGGUGCGGCCCAUCCUCGCGGAGCUCGACGGGGCCCUGCAGGGGAUCGCGGCGUGCGAGCCUCCGGGUUGGUCGCUCCUGGAGGAACUGACCGAGCCGCGGGACGCCGCACACCUCCGGCAGCCCGAGCUCUCGCAACCGCUCGCGACAGCACUGCAGAUUUGCUUGCUGGCCGUGCUCGAAAAGUGGGGGGUCAGCGCGUCGAGCGUCGUGGGCCAUUCGUCGGGCGAGAUCGCGGCCGCGUACGCGGCGGGAUAUCUCGACCGCGCGGGUGCCAUCAAGGCCGCCUUCUUCCGCGGUCGGGCCGUAACCCGAGCAAGUCGGAGGGAGAAGAACAUGGAGAAGAGCCUCGGCAUGCUGGCGGUGGGCCUGGACGCGGACGGGAUCGCUCCUUAUCUGGGAGCGUACGGCGGGCGCGCCUCCAUCGCUUGCUACAACAGUCCCCGCAGCUUGACGAUUUCGGGAAGGAAAGACGACCUCGAAGCCUUGGAAGCGGAACUCAAGGCGGCGGGCCAUUUUGCCCGUCUUCUGCAGGUCGAUGUGGCUUAUCACUCGCGGUACAUGGACGCGGUCGGCGCGGAGUACGAGUCUCUGAUGGAACGCGAAGGCCUCCGUGUGCGGCAUCCAUCUGACGAAGGUUGCUCGGAAUCUCGGGGCACAUGCAUGUUUUCAUCGGUGACCGCAUCCAAAAUAACCGACCAGACACCCACCGAUACGUCUUACUGGAAGGCCAACCUCUUGUCACCGGUUCGUUUUGACAAGGCCAUCCAGGAGAUGCUCUCACAGCCAGAUCACAAAUCGCCCGAUAUUAUCAUCGAGGUCGGCCCGUCGGGCGCCUUGGCCGGCCCCAUAUCACAGAUCCUCAAGUCGGCUUCCAACGCCGGAGAUGUCUCAUACUACGCCGCCUGGUCCCGCGGUGCCGACGCCAUCAACGCUCUUUUCAACGUGGCCGGCCGGCUCUUCAUCACCGGCGCGGCCAUCGACCUUGGGGCGGUCAAUGGGGCUGACGACAACGACGACGGCGGCGGCGGGGAUCACACUGCGCCGCGGUGCGUCGUCGACUUGCCGAGUUACCGCUGGAACCACUCAGUCAAGUACUGGUACGAGAGCGCGGCAAGCAAGGACUGGCGAUUCCGACGGUAUGUCACCCACGACCUGCUCGGCAGCAAGAUCCUCGGCACGCCGUGGACGAGCCCGAUCUGGCACAAACGCCUGGCGUUGAACGACGUGCCGUGGCUGCGGCAUCACAAGAUGGGCGGCGACGUGCUGAUGCCCGGCGCGGCGUUCUGUGCCAUGGCCGUCGAGGCCAUGUAUCAGAAACACUGCGCAGUCGAGCUGCACGCGUCACCCGAGGCGGUGCGCGUGAGCGAUCUCGCCUACGGGCUGCGAAACAUGCGUUUCCACCGCGCCCUAAGGGUGCCAGAGGGCGAACCUGUCCAUAUCCUUGUCGCCCUCACGAAGCUCGCUCGAAGCAGCGACGACUCAGGCUGGCACGAAGUUCGCAUUUCUACAUCCAAAGACGACGCCAUCGUCGAGCAUUGUACCGGUAUGAUUCGUGUCCAAGAGGCCGUCGAGGAGCGGCUGCCCGCGAACGACGAGAGGCGUGCGCCGCUGCGGUCUCCCCAGCCUUUCCGGCUCUGGCACAAGACGCAGCGUGAAGUGGGCAUGGACUUUGGCCCCUCGUUUCAGAAGACCAAGUGGCUCGAGGCCACCAGUGGGCAGCGGUCAUGCCGGGCCAUGGUGGACUUGACGCCGCCCUCUUCGGCUUGGAAUCCUCCGUCGCACUAUUCUCUCCACCCCGCUGUCAUGGACUCGUGCUUCCAAACUCUUAUGGCCCCGAACGCGGCGAACGAGCGCAGCCUCGUCAAGGAAAUCCAGAUACCCGCGUUGGCCGACGAGGCCUUCAUCAACCGGAUCCCGCGCCAGGGGGUUCGCCAAGGCCUGGUCCUGGCGCAGUCGAGAUACUCGGGACGAGGUCGGCCAGAUCAGGCAAAAGGGAUCAUAGGAGACGUUUCGACGUAUGACGCCGAGACGGGAGACCUGCUGGUGCAACUCAAGGGUCUCCACUACGUGAAGCUGGACGUCGAUCCGAAGCCCGACGCGCACGUGUUCGAUUCGGUGCAAUGGAAGCCUGACAUCACACUCCUGACCCAGGCCCAGCUCGGGGCUCUUGGGCUCCCCGUGAGCGCCGUGAUCGAUCUGCUCGCGCACAAACGGCCGCGCCUCAGGGUCCUUGAAGUCAACCUCAACGGCGGCACGGACGGCAAUGUAUCGAGUCUUUGGCUGGACGCUGGUGAGGCAGCAGCGCGGCAGGCGUGUUCCCAGUAUGACUUUGCGUCUUCGGAUGCCGAGGGGCUGGUCGCCGCCCAGAGGAAGUUCGGCGCGGCGAGACACAACGUGGGUUACCUUCUGGCGAGCCCCGAGAAGCCGGGGCUUGGCCUUGAGACCGCACUCUCAGCACAGUACGACCUCGCGAUAUUGCAUUCGCCUCACAGAGUUGAGAGCGCCGGCGUUAUCAGCGAAAAUCUGGAGCCGCUUCUUUCCGACGGCGGCCUUGUUGUCGUCGUGGAAUCCGGAAACGGUCCUGGGAUCAUGACCUUCAUCUCCCCUUCUUCUGCAAGGUCGACAGAUUCUCGUGCCGCAUCCUCAGACGAGUCAAACCCCAAUUUCGAGAAUGGCGCAUCUCAGACAUCUCAGUCUGACGGAGAGCAUGUCGCGAGCUCCGCCACCUCCCUGGCCAGCGCCGAUGCUGAAGCCUGGAAGACCACGACGAGCCCGGCGGAGAUCCGUCUUCUUGACCAUGUGCUCACAAGCCAGGACGGGACAACAACGCAUCAUCUCUACAAGGUACGCAGGGCUUGGAGCUCGGCAAAUGCAAAUCCCAGGUCGGCGCAGGGGGUCGGCGAGCCCGUGAGCUCCCCGCCCCAGCACCGGACACUCAUGGCCAUCAUCCUUGGCGACAUCACAGAGGCUUUACAAGCCUCAACGCAGCCGACAGUGUCCCCCAAUCCGCCGACGCAGUCCGGGUGGACCGUGACCCACGUCGCCGCCGACACGCUCACCACGGUCGUGGACGACACCAGCAUCAUCCUUGUCCCAGACGAGCUGCUGACCUCGGUACUAGCCGACCCGUCCCCAGCGCAGUGGGCAGCGCUCCAGGCUCUCUUCGCGGCGGGCCGCCCCAUCCUUUGGCUCACCGCCGGGGGCGGCGGCGGGGCCGGCCAGCAUCCCGAGCGGGCCAUGGCGCACGGCCUGUUCCGCGUCGUGCGCCGCGAGCUGGCGAGCCAGGAGGACCGGGUGCCCCGCGUAGUGCUCGACGUGGACGCCGAGCUGGUGGGCGUUCAAGUCCAAGAAGUGGAGGACCACGCUGCCGAGGCCGAGUACCGCCUGCGGAGGGACGGCGUUCUUGAGGUGCCGCGCCUUGUCCCGGAUGCGCCCGUGAACGAAUUUCGCCGAUUCGAUCUGCUUGGGCAAGCCGGCCCGUCGACCGCGGCUGGGCUGUGGGAGACAGAGCGGAUGGUGCGUCUCCGUGGCGACAGAGUGGGCUCGCUCGACCUGACCUGGUGGGAGUGCGAGGAAGAGCCUCUGCAGGAAGGCUAUGUCGAGGUGGAUGUCGAGGCAGUGGGCGUGAACUUCAAGGACGUCGCGGCUGUGAUGGGAAUCAUACCUGAAGAUGAGCACAUGAUCGGGUGUGAAUGUGCCGGCGUGGUUCGGCAGCUUGGGCCUGGCGUGACCAAGGUUAAGGUUGGGGACCGGGUUGUCGUGCUGGGUAAGGGCUUCUACGCAAAUCGCAUUCGGUCAAUCGCCCAUUGUGUCCACGUUAUUCCAUCUUGGAUGAGCUUUGAAGAGGCCGCCACCAUCCCUCUCGCGUACUCGACAGCAAUCCAAGCCCUCCUUCAUCUGGGGAACCUCCAAGAGGGCCAGUCCGUUCUCAUCCACUCCGCUGCGGGUGGCGUCGGACUGGCCGCCCUUCAGCUCGCGCAGUACAAAAAGGCGGAAGUAUUCGUCACCGUCGGUACGGACGAAAAGCGCGACUUCCUGAGUUCCGAGUUCGGGAUCGCCCAAGACCACAUGUUUUCUUCGCGGAACUCCAAGUUUGCAGAGGAGAUCCUGGCCAUGACAAACGGCCGAGGCGUGGAUGUCGUUAUCAACUCUUUGACUGGAGACAUGCUCGACGCGUCAUGGCGGAUCGUCGCCGACGGUGGCACCAUGAUCGAGAUCGGCAAACGGGACAUCCUGGACCGCAAUGCUCUGGCGAUGGAGCCGUUCGGUCGAAACUGUUCCUUCCGAGCGCUGGACUUCUCGUCCGGCAGAACCUUGAAGGACGCGCGCCUGCUGGGGGAGCUGAUGGGCGAGAUAUUCACGCUCAUCGAGGGCGGCCAUAUUGGGCCGAUCCGGCCCAUCACCGCAUUCGGAUUUGACAAGGUCUCAGAGGCCCUGGCCUAUAUGCGGCGGGGUCAACACAUCGGUAAGCUGGUCGUCGCCAAGGGCCCGUCAAAGAGCGUCCAGGUGCCCAUCAGGCCUCUGCCACGAGCCCUGAAGCUCCGCCAAGAUGUCUCCUAUCUGAUCGUCGGAGGCAUCAAAGGCCUCUGCGGCAGCCUUGCUCUGCACAUGGCGAGGCAUGGGGCGCGUCAUCUCAUCGUCUGCAGCAGGAGCGGCAUUGAUGAUGAGACAUCAGCACGCAUCGUUCGCGGGUGUCGUUCGUAUGGAUGCGAGGUGACUGGGCAGAAGGGUGACGUUUGUGACAUGGCCUUUGUGCGACGCGUGUUCGAGUCGGUUCACCCUCGACGAAUUGCUGGCGUUAUCCAGGGGGCCAUGGUUCUGAAAGACAAGCCCUUCCAGGCUAUGGGGCUGGAAGACUACCGGGACGCCGUCGCUGCCAAGGUGUCGGGAACAUGGAACCUACACCGUGCCUCGCUUGAAGACGCGUUAUCGUCGUCAUCGUCGUCGUCGUCGUCAUCAUCACGUUCUCUCGACUUCUUCACGCUCCUGUCGAGCGUCUCGGGCGUGGUGGGAAACAAGGGCCAGGCCAACUACGCCGCAGCAAACGCCUUUCUGGACGCCUUCGCUGCUCAUCGUCGUUCCUUGGGCCUGCCCGCACAUGCUCUCGACCUCGGUGCAGUGGACGACGCCGGUUACAUUGCCGAGCAAGAGGCGGCGGCCCUCGCCGGCAAGGAUGAUGACAGCGCUGACGGCACGAAUCCCCUGUGGACGCCACUAAACGAACAGGCCCUGCGGACAGCCCUGACCGUGUCGAUCCUGCAGCAGCAGGCGCGACCCCUCAGUGCAAACUCCCAGCUCGUUACGGGAAUCGCGCAUCCCCUGACGGGCGGCGACCUGGAGAACGACCCGCGCUUUGGCUAUGUGUUGAGCGGGGCCAACGGCAGGAAUGAUGUCGGCUCUGGACAGGAGGACGAUAUCGGCGGAGCGGAGGGCGUCGUGGGUGCGGCGGUCCAGGCCUUUGCGCUUCUUCGGGCGUCGGGCAACACUACCGCGAGUGCGCAGGCCCUGGAAAAGGCAGCGGUGGCGGCGCUAGCAGCGCAGACGGCACGCAUCCUGCGACUGGAGACUGAAGUCGAAGUUGGCAAGCCACUGUCGUCGUAUGGCUUCGACUCGCUCUCCGCGGUGGAGCUCCGUGGCUGGAUCCGGGCCCGGCUCGGUGCUGAGGUCAGCACUCUGGAUGUCACGGGAGCCAGGUCACUAGUUGAGCUAGGAGAAAAGGUGGUAGCCAAGAUAAGCCAGAAUGGUCUGCAGGCCCAGGCUGCAGCUGCAGCUGAAAGCCGUGGUUCACAGUAA